AUGGACUACAACCCCGCAGAGCAUGACGAGGUCGUGUCUCAGUUCUGCAACAUGACAGGAACCAAGCCUGCAGAGGCACAAGAGUACCUUUCUGCCAACGGAUGGGACGUGGAAGCUGCUGUGACCGAGUUCUUCGCGGAGCAAGAUGAGGCUUUACAGGACAUGAACACUGGUGGUGGCCGGCGCCUAGGUGCAGAACAGACAUCUGGAACAGCCGGAGGAGGUCGUUCCCUCGGUGAAGCCCCUGCUCCAGCUUCCUCUUCUGCCGCACCUCAGUCUUCGUCAUCGAGCCGACGUGCUGCCCCGAAGAAGAAGUUUGCGACAUUGGGAGACUUUGCUUCAGGGAGCGGUGGUGACUCGUCCUCCGAGGACGGCUCUGAGGAUCAGGAUUUCUUUGCCGGUGGUGAGAAGUCUGGCCUGGCCGUGCAGAAUCCGGACGAUUUGAAAAGGAAGAUCCUUGAAAAGGCCCGCAGAGCGCAGCCUCCCUCCUCAGAUGAGCCUCAGUCCCGACCAUCUUACUUCACUGGAACCGCCCGAACCCUUGGUGGCGACGACACUCCGAGCCGAGUCAUCGAAGAUCCCUCCGAACCUCAACCGCAGCGUGCUCAGCGCGUCCACCGCACUCUACACUUUUGGGCUGAUGGUUUCUCAGUCGAUGAUGGCGAGCUAUACCGUACUGAUGAUCCCCGAAACGCCGAGAUCCUGGAGGGCAUCCGCCAAGGUCGUGCCCCUCUGACUAUCAUGAAUGUUCAAGCGGGCCAAGAAGUCGACGUCGAACUGAAGCAACAUGAUGAGAACUAUGUGAAACCCAAGCCCAAAUACAAGCCCUUCUCGGGUGUCGGACAGCGGCUCGGAAGCCCUACCCCUGGUGUACAAAGCAGCCAGGACUCUACUCCCUCUGCUGCUCCCACUUCCUCUCCAGCUGAGCCUCCUAAGCCCGAAGUGGAUGAGUCGCAGCCGACAGUCACCAUACAGGCGCGAUUGGGAGAUGGCACUCGACUGACAUCUCGGUUCAACACUACCGCCACCAUCGGCGAUGUCUACGCCUUUGUUGCAGCAGCCACCCCAGAUGGUCGGAACCGCGCGUGGGUGCUUAUGACCACGUUCCCCAGCAAGGAGCUUAGUGACUGGAGCGUUACUCUUGGUGACUUGCCGGAGUUCAAGCGAGGCGGCGUGGUUGUCCAGAAGUGGACUUAA